UUCCUGGGAGGCCGGCGCUCUGACGUGGAGCCGGGGGCCGCAGGCGCGGCGGGGGGAACGCGGCCCGGGGGCUUCUUAAACCCCCCGCCCCAGCCCGGCCCGCACUUCCAGAGCACCGCUCCGCCCCCGGAGGGAGACAGACAGAGACAGAGAGAGCGCGGCGGAGGAGCCGAGGAGUCCCGCCGAGUCCCGCCAGCCAGGGGCGCGAAAGAAGUUGAGAGCCGCGCAGCGCAGAGCCGCGAGUCCCGCGAUCGCGCCCCGACAGCGCCUCGAGCCCGAGCCCAGCCAAGCCGGAGCCCAGCCGGCAGCGCAGCCCCCGCCCCAGCCCGCGCCAGCAUGAUGAACAACAGCGGCUACUCCGAGGCCCCCGGCCUCGGCCUGGGCGACGAGGCGGACGACAUGCCGUCCACGGAGAAGGACCUGGCGGAGGACGCGCCGUGGAAGAAGAUCCAGCAGAACACUUUCACGCGCUGGUGCAACGAGCACCUCAAGUGCGUGGGCAAGCGCCUGACCGACCUGCAGCGCGACCUCAGCGACGGGCUGCGCCUCAUCGCGCUGCUCGAGGUGCUCAGCCAGAAACGCAUGUACCGCAAGUUCCACCCGCGCCCCAACUUCCGCCAGAUGAAGCUGGAGAACGUGUCCGUGGCCCUCGAGUUCCUCGAGCGCGAGCACAUCAAGCUCGUGUCCAUCGACAGCAAGGCUAUCGUAGAUGGGAACCUGAAGCUGAUCCUGGGCCUGAUCUGGACACUGAUCCUGCAUUACUCCAUCUCCAUGCCCAUGUGGGAGGAUGAGGAUGAUGAGGAUGCCCGAAAGCAGACACCCAAGCAGCGUCUACUCGGCUGGAUCCAGAACAAGGUGCCCCAGCUGCCCAUCACCAACUUCAACCGUGACUGGCAGGAUGGCAAAGCUCUGGGCGCCCUGGUGGACAACUGUGCCCCUGGCCUCUGCCCUGACUGGGAGGCCUGGGACCCCAACCAGCCUGUGGAGAACGCCCGGGAGGCCAUGCAGCAGGCGGACGACUGGCUCGGGGUGCCCCAGGUGAUUGCUCCCGAGGAGAUUGUGGACCCCAACGUGGAUGAGCAUUCUGUCAUGACCUACCUGUCCCAGUUCCCCAAGGCCAAACUCAAACCUGGUGCCCCCGUUCGCUCCAAGCAGCUGAACCCCAAGAAGGCCAUUGCCUACGGACCUGGCAUCGAGCCCCAGGGCAACACCGUGCUGCAGCCCGCGCACUUCACCGUGCAGACAGUGGAUGCUGGCGUGGGCGAGGUGCUGGUCUACAUUGAGGACCCCGAGGGCCACACCGAGGAGGCAAAGGUGGUUCCCAACAACGACAAGGACCGCACCUACGCUGUCUCCUACGUGCCCAAGGUCGCCGGCUUGCACAAGGUGACCGUGCUCUUUGCUGGCCAGAACAUCGAACGCAGCCCCUUUGAGGUGAACGUGGGCAUGGCCUUGGGGGAUGCCAACAAGGUAUCAGCCCGUGGUCCUGGCCUGGAGCCCGUGGGCAACGUGGCCAACAAACCCACCUACUUUGACAUCUACACCGCGGGGGCCGGCACUGGUGAUGUUGCCGUGGUGAUCGUGGACCCGCAGGGCCGGCGGGACACAGUGGAGGUGGCCCUGGAGGACAAGGGCGACAGCACGUUCCGCUGCACGUACAGGCCUGUGAUGGAGGGACCCCACACGGUGCACGUGGCCUUCGCCGGUGCCCCCAUCACCCGCAGCCCUUUCCCUGUCCACGUGGCAGAAGCCUGUAACCCCAACGCCUGCCGCGCCUCUGGGCGGGGCCUGCAGCCCAAGGGUGUGCGUGUCAAAGAGGUGGCUGACUUCAAGGUGUUCACCAAGGGUGCUGGCAGCGGAGAGCUCAAGGUCACAGUCAAGGGACCAAAAGGCACAGAGGAGCCGGUGAAGGUGCGGGAGGCGGGGGACGGUGUGUUCGAGUGCGAGUACUACCCCGUGGUGCCUGGCAAGUACACGGUGACCAUCACAUGGGGCGGCUAUGCCGUCCCCCGCAGCCCCUUUGAGGUGCAGGUGAGCCCAGAGGCAGGAGUGCAGAAGGUGCGGGCCUGGGGUCCCGGCUUGGAAACUGGCCAGGUGGGCAAGUCAGCCGACUUUGUGGUGGAGGCCAUUGGCACGGAGGUGGGGACGCUGGGCUUCUCCAUUGAGGGCCCUUCACAGGCCAAGAUCGAGUGUGAUGACAAGGGAGAUGGCUCCUGCGAUGUGCGGUACUGGCCCACAGAACCAGGGGAGUACGCCGUGCACGUCAUCUGCGAUGAUGAGGACAUCCGAGACUCGCCCUUCAUUGCCCACAUCCAGCCAGCUCCACCCGACUGCUUCCCGGACAAGGUGAAGGCCUUUGGGCCCGGCCUGGAGCCCACUGGCUGCAUCGUGGACAAGCCAGCAGAGUUCACCAUUGAUGCCCGUGCUGCUGGCAAGGGAGACCUGAAGCUCUAUGCCCAGGACGCAGACGGCUGCCCCAUUGACAUCAAGGUCAUCCCCAACGGCGAUGGUACCUUCCGCUGCUCCUACGUGCCCACCAAGCCCAUUAAGCACACCAUCAUCAUCUCCUGGGGAGGCGUCAACAUCCCCAAGAGCCCCUUCCGGGUAAACGUGGGAGAGGGCAGUCACCCCGAGCGGGUGAAGGUGUACGGCCCUGGCGUGGAGAAGACAGGCCUCAAGGCUAAUGAGCCCACCUACUUCACGGUGGACUGCAGUGAGGCGGGGCAAGGCGAUGUGAGCAUUGGCAUCAAGUGUGCCCCCGGUGUGGUGGGCCCUGCAGAGGCUGACAUCGACUUUGACAUCAUCAAGAAUGACAAUGACACCUUCACAGUCAAGUACACGCCCCCAGGGGCCGGCCGCUACACCAUCAUGGUGUUGUUUGCCAACCAGGAGAUCCCUGCCAGCCCCUUCCAUAUCAAGGUGGACCCAUCCCAUGAUGCCAGCAAGGUCAAGGCUGAGGGCCCUGGGCUGAACCGCACAGGUGUGGAAGUUGGGAAGCCCACUCACUUCACGGUGCUGACCAAGGGAGCCGGCAAGGCCAAGCUGGACGUGCACUUUGCCGGGGCUGUCAAGGGAGAAGCUGUGCGAGACUUUGAAAUCAUCGACAACCACGACUACUCCUACACUGUCAAGUACACGGCCGUGCAGCAGGGCAACAUGGCAGUGACAGUGACCUAUGGUGGAGACCCUGUCCCCAAGAGCCCCUUUGUGGUGAAUGUGGCACCCCCGCUGGACCUUAGCAAAGUCAAAGUUCAAGGCCUCAACAGCAAGGUGGCUGUAGGACAAGAACAGGCAUUUUCUGUGAACACACGAGGGGCUGGCGGUCAGGGCCAGCUGGACGUGCGGAUGACCUCACCCUCCCGACGACCCAUCCCCUGCAAGCUGGAGCCCGGGGGUGGAGCUGAAGCCCAGGCUGUGCGCUACAUGCCCCCUGAGGAGGGGCCCUACAAGGUGGACAUAACCUACGAUGGUCACCCGGUGCCUGGCAGCCCCUUCACCGUGGAGGGUGUCCUGCCCCCUGACCCCUCCAAGGUCUGUGCUUACGGCCCUGGUCUCAAGGGCGGGCUGGUAGGCGCACCAGCGCCCUUCUCCAUCGACACCAAGGGGGCGGGCACAGGGGGCCUGGGGCUGACCGUGGAGGGCCCCUGCGAGGCCAAGAUCGAGUGCCAGGACAAUGGCGAUGGCUCGUGUGCUGUCAGCUACCUGCCCACGGAGCCGGGCGAGUACACCAUCAACAUCCUGUUUGCUGAAGCCCACAUCCCCGGCUCGCCCUUCAAGGCUACCAUCCGGCCCGUGUUCGACCCGAGCAAGGUGCGGGCCAGUGGUCCAGGCCUGGAGCGCGGCAAGGCUGGCGAGGCAGCCACCUUCACUGUGGACUGCUCGGAGGCGGGCGAGGCUGAGCUGACCAUCGAGAUCCUGUCGGACGCCGGCGUCAAGGCCGAGGUGCUGAUCCACAACAAUGCCGACGGCACCUACCACAUCACCUACAGCCCCGCCUUCCCCGGCACCUACACCAUUACCAUCAAGUAUGGCGGGCACCCCGUACCCAAAUUCCCCACCCGAGUCCAUGUGCAGCCCGCUGUCGACACCAGUGGGGUCAAGGUCUCGGGACCCGGUGUGGAGCCCCACGGUGUCCUGCGUGAGGUGACCACUGAGUUCACUGUGGACGCAAGAUCCCUAACAGCCACGGGUGGGAACCACGUGACGGCCCGCGUGCUCAACCCCUCGGGCGCUAAGACGGACACCUACGUGACAGACAACGGGGAUGGCACCUACCGAGUGCAGUACACAGCCUAUGAAGAGGGAGUGCAUUUGGUGGAGGUGCUGUAUGAUGAUGUAGCUGUGCCCAAGAGCCCCUUCCGAGUGGGCGUGACUGAGGGCUGUGACCCCACUCGCGUCCGGGCCUUUGGGCCAGGCCUGGAGGGUGGCUUGGUCAACAAGGCUAACCGCUUCACUGUGGAAACGAGGGGAGCUGGCACUGGGGGCCUAGGCCUAGCCAUCGAGGGCCCGUCGGAAGCCAAGAUGUCCUGCAAGGACAACAAGGAUGGCAGCUGCACCGUGGAGUACAUCCCUUUCACCCCUGGAGACUACGACGUCAACAUCACCUUCGGGGGCCGGCCCAUCCCAGGGAGUCCAUUCCGGGUGCCAGUGAAGGAUGUGGUGGACCCUGGGAAGGUGAAGUGCUCAGGCCCAGGGCUGGGAGCCGGUGUCAGGGCCCGGGUACCCCAGACCUUCAAGGUGGACUGCAGCCAAGCUGGCCGGGCCGCCCUGCAGGUGGCCGUGCUGAGCCCCACAGGUGUGGCUGAGCCUGUGGAGGUGCGUGACAAUGGAGAUGGCACCCAUACCGUCCACUACACCCCAGCCACUGAUGGGCCCUACACAGUAGCUGUCAAGUAUGCCGACCAGGAGGUGCCACGCAGCCCCUUCAAGAUCAAGGUGCUUCCAGCCCACGAUGCCAGCAAGGUGCGGGCCAGCGGCCCCGGGCUCAAUGCCUCUGGCAUCCCUGCCAGCCUGCCUGUGGAGUUCACCAUCGAUGCCCGGGAUGCUGGGGAGGGCUUGCUCACUGUCCAGAUCCUGGACCCUGAGGGUAAGCCCAAGAAGGCCAACAUCCGAGACAAUGGGGAUGGCACGUACACCGUGUCCUACCUCCCGGACAUGAGUGGCCGGUACACCAUCACCAUCAAGUAUGGCGGCGAUGAGAUCCCCUACUCGCCCUUCCGCAUCCACGCCCUGCCCACUGGGGACGCCAGCAAGUGCCUGGUCACAGUGUCCAUUGGAGGCCAUGGCCUGGGUGCCUGCCUGGGCCCCCGCAUCCAGAUUGGGGAGGAGACGGUGAUCACGGUGGACGCCAAGGCAGCAGGCAAGGGGAAGGUGACGUGCACAGUGUCCACGCCGGAUGGGGCGGAGCUCGACGUGGAUGUCGUUGAGAACCACGACGGCACCUUCGACAUCUACUACACAGCGCCCAAGCCGGGCAAGUACGUCAUUACCAUCCGCUUUGGAGGCGAGCACGUCCCCAACAGUCCCUUCCACGUGCUGGCCACAGAGGAGCCAGUGGUGCCCGUGGAGCCAAUGGAGUCCAUGCUGAGACCCUUCAACCUGGUCAUCCCCUUCACUGUGCAGAAAGGGGAGCUCACAGGGGAGGUACGGAUGCCCUCUGGGAAGACCGCCCGGCCCAGCAUCACUGACAACAAGGAUGGCACCAUCACGGUGAGGUACGCACCCACCGAGAAAGGCCUGCACCAGAUGGGGAUCAAGUAUGACGGCAACCACAUCCCUGGGAGCCCCCUGCAGUUCUACGUCGAUGCCAUCAACAGCCGCCAUGUCAGUGCCUAUGGGCCAGGCCUGAGCCAUGGCAUGGUCAACAAGCCGGCCACCUUCACCAUUGUCACCAAGGAUGCUGGGGAAGGUGAGGGGAGCUGGGUGAGGGCGGCCAAUGCAGGGGUGAGGGCAGGACCUCUGAUCUCAGCCCUCCCUCCACCCACAGGGGGUCUGUCCCUGGCCGUGGAGGGCCCGUCCAAGGCAGAGAUCACCUGCAAGGACAACAAGGAUGGCACCUGCACCGUGUCCUACCUCCCCACGGCGCCUGGGGACUACAGCAUCAUCGUGCGCUUUGACGACAAGCACAUUCCGGGGAGCCCCUUCACAGCCAAGAUCACAGGCGAUGACUCGAUGAGGACGUCACAGCUGAACGUGGGCACCUCCACGGAUGUGUCACUGAAGAUCACCGAGAGCGACCUGAGCCUGCUGACCGCCAGCAUCCGCGCCCCCUCGGGCAACGAGGAGCCCUGCCUGCUGAAGCGCCUGCCCAACCGGCACAUCGGCAUCUCCUUCACCCCCAAGGAGGUUGGGGAGCACGUGGUGAGUGUGCGCAAGAGCGGCAAGCACGUCACCAACAGCCCCUUCAAGAUCCUGGUGGGACCGUCGGAGAUCGGGGAUGCCAGCAAGGUGCGGGUCUGGGGCAAGGGCCUGUCCGAGGGACACACGUUCCAGGUGGCGGAGUUCAUCGUGGACACGCGUAAUGCAGGUUAUGGGGGCCUGGGGCUGAGUAUUGAAGGCCCUAGCAAGGUGGACAUCAACUGUGAGGACAUGGAGGACGGCACAUGCAAAGUUACCUACUGCCCCACGGAACCCGGCACCUACAUCAUCAACAUCAAGUUUGCCGACAAGCAUGUGCCUGGAAGCCCCUUCACGGUGAAGGUUACCGGCGAAGGCCGCAUGAAGGAAAGCAUCACCCGGCGUAGGCAGGCGCCGUCCAUUGCCACCAUCGGCAGCACCUGUGACCUCAACCUCAAGAUCCCAGGGAACUGGUUCCAGAUGGUGUCGGCCCAGGAGCGCCUGACACGCACCUUCACGCGCAGCAGCCACACGUACACCCGCACAGAGCGCACGGAGAUCAGCAAGACCCGGGGCGGGGAGACCAAGCGCGAGGUGCGGGUGGAGGAGUCCACCCAGGUUGGCGGAGACCCCUUCCCCGCCACCGUCUUCGGGGACUUCCUGGGCCGGGAACGCCUGGGCUCUUUUGGCAGCAUCACCCGGCAGCAGGAGGGUGAGGCCAGCUCUCAGGACAUGACCGCACAGGUGACCAGCCCGUCAGGCAAGACGGAAGCCGCAGAGAUCGUGGAGGGGGAGGACAGCGCAUACAGUGUGCGCUUUGUGCCCCAGGAGAUGGGGCCCCACACGGUCACUGUCAAGUACCGCGGCCAGCAUGUGCCAGGCAGCCCCUUUCAGUUCACCGUGGGGCCACUGGGUGAAGGCGGUGCCCACAAGGUGCGAGCUGGAGGCACAGGGCUGGAGCGAGGGGUGGCCGGCGUGCCAGCCGAGUUCAGCAUCUGGACCCGAGAAGCGGGUGCCGGGGGCCUGUCUAUUGCUGUGGAGGGUCCCAGCAAGGCGGAGAUUGCAUUUGAGGACCGCAAAGAUGGCUCCUGUGGGGUCUCCUAUGUUGUCCAGGAACCAGGUGACUAUGAGGUCUCCAUCAAGUUCAACGAUGAGCACAUCCCAGACAGCCCUUUUGUGGUACCCGUGGCCUCCCUCUCAGACGACGCUCGCCGUCUCACUGUCACUAGCCUCCAGGAGACGGGGCUCAAGGUGAACCAGCCGGCGUCCUUUGCGGUGCAGCUGAACGGUGCACGGGGCGUGAUUGAUGCUAGGGUGCACACGCCCUCGGGUGCGGUGGAGGAGUGCUACGUCUCCGAGCUGGACAGUGACAAGCACACCAUCCGUUUCAUCCCCCAUGAGAAUGGCGUCCACUCCAUUGACGUCAAGUUCAGCGGCGCCCACAUCCCUGGCAGCCCCUUCAAGAUCCGCGUUGGGGAGCAGAGCCAGGCUGGGGACCCAGGCUUGGUGUCAGCCUGUGGUCCUGGGCUCGAGGGAGGCACUACAGGAGUGUCAUCGGAGUUCAUUGUCAACACCUUGAAUGCGGGCUCGGGGGCCUUGUCUGUCACCAUCGACGGCCCCUCCAAGGUGCAGCUGGACUGUCGGGAAUGUCCUGAGGGCCACGUGGUCACUUACACUCCCAUGGCCCCUGGCAACUACCUCAUUGCCAUCAAGUAUGGUGGCCCCCAGCACAUUGUGGGCAGCCCCUUCAAGGCCAAGGUCACAGGUCCCCGGCUGUCUGGAGGCCACAGCCUUCACGAAACAUCCACGGUCCUGGUGGAGACUGUGACCAAGUCAUCCUCAAGUCGGGGUUCCAGCUAUAGCUCCAUCCCCAAGUUCUCCUCAGAUGCCAGCAAGGUGGUGACACGGGGCCCUGGGCUGUCCCAGGCCUUUGUGGGCCAGAAGAACUCCUUCACCGUGGACUGCAGCAAAGCAGGCACCAACAUGAUGAUGGUGGGUGUGCACGGGCCCAAGACCCCCUGUGAGGAGGUGUAUGUGAAGCACAUGGGGAACCGGGUGUACAACGUCACCUACACUGUCAAGGAGAAAGGGGACUACAUCCUCAUCGUCAAGUGGGGCGACGAAAGUGUCCCUGGAAGCCCCUUCAAAGUCAACGUGCCCUGAAUCCCAGAAGUGCCUCCCCCAGCCUCGGCCCCCACCUCCUGGCCAAACACACUCACAGACACACACACACACACACACACACACACAAAUAGGCCACACCCAGAUGCACGCACGCAGAAUCAGACACCACAAACACCUGCCCUGGGGGUGGAAGGAGUGGUACUGUCCCCUCCCUGCCGGGCUCCCAGGUUGGAAGGCCUCGUCCGUCUCAGGGCAGUGUCCCUGCCUCAGACGUGACAUGAGGGCGAACUGGAGGUUGGGGGGCCAGGGAAGCCCUGAGUUUUCUGGCGGGGCUGAGGCCAGUGGGGGAGCACACGUCUGGGGGUGUCUGCAUGUGUGAGAGAGGUCGCCCUCAAACCGCACCGCCAGCGGGGCCUCCUUACCGCUGAGGACUGCGUCCGGCCCCUCUGGUGGCCACAACCCCAGAGCGUUAAGGACUUGGAAGAGAAAGCACAAUCGCAGGAAAAAAUGGACCCAGCAGCAGCAGGCUUGGUGCGUGUCCUGGCCCCCGGGCAAUUGAGAUCCCAGCCAGGCUUCCUGGGGGACAGAUUUCUCUCUCUUUUUUUUUUAAGAUUGCACAGCUCUGCCCCACGGGGGGCCUUUUUUUACCCACUGCGAGGCCCAGCUUUCUGGGGGGCUUUUGCACAUGUCAUGCGGCUCAGCUGGGAGCCGUUUAGGUGGAAAACAAAUAAAGUGCGGCCUGUCGCAGAGA